UAUAUUUAGUCGUGAUUAAUACAUUAAAUAUUUGCGCAUGAUUAUUGGUUCGAGUACUCUAGUGGAUAAACACGAGUUUGCAUUUUGCGCCGAAUACCAUUCUCGUAUUUCUUAGUUUCAUUCCAUUAUUGUGACAGAUAAGUUGUGUACUUCUGUGUGUGACGAGUGACGUAUAGAGAAUAUUGACGUCAAAUUAGUGCAUUUCGCACCGUCCUUGUGAACAAUAAUUCGAACCAAGAUACGAGUCAUUGUGUUACGCAAACUACAGUAUGAGUAACAAAUACCUAGUAUAGAAAAAAAACGUCACUACUCACUAGUCACAAAACUCAGCUCAGCGUUAUUUUAAUCAUUACACCACACCAUAGUGUCAACUAUCAACUAACAGAAGUGUAGUCGUGGAGAUAAGCAAGAUCCACGAUUGUAUUAUAGUUCGCUGUAGUGUAGUCUUGCGCGUGGUGCACCCAUAAAAUCAUAAAUCAUAAUAUUCCACUAUUCCAGACUCCAGUCACUAGAGCGCGGAACAGAAAUCAGGUGAUACUUGUCAGUUGUCAGUCAAUCCUCUACUUGUUCUAAAGCUGUUUUAAUUAUUUUUGCAUUUGCUAUGUAUCCACAAGUGAAUAAAGACCAUUUGCCAUCAGCUCCACCAACCUACUCAGACUCGAUGAAUGCUCCAAAGUAUGAGGCUACACAAAUGUACAACACACCUGGAAUGUUGCCUCCUCAACCCUCUCAAGUGAUUGUUGUUCAAGGGCCUCUAUUAAACUUACCACCAUUGGGUCCAAGAUCAGUGCAGUUGACAUGUCCUACAUGUAAAUCAUUAGUGAUGACAAGAAUUGAAGAAGAGUCGUCUUCUUCUGCUUAUUUAUGCUGCAUGUUAAUGUUUAUUGUUGGGUGUUUUGUUUGUUCAUGUCUACCAUUAUGCAUGGAUAACUUUAAGAAUUAUAAGCAUUCAUGUCCAAAUUGUAAUGCUUUCCUAGGACUUUAUAAAUCUUAAGCCAAUAUUAAUUGCCAAUUUAACUGCUGCGUUCAGUUUGCAUGCAGAUACAAUAUUGUAUUUUUUAUUUUUAAAUUAAAUUAUAUGUUUACAAUA